UCGUUCCUUAACGGUUUUGGGCGCUUGUUCUGGGCCACUUGCCCAUCGUGGCGUUAAACGAAGACAAAUGAUUUGUGUACAAAAGUGAUGAUAAUUGGAAAUACUAGAUAAUAUAAAACAAUUCCUUUGUGAAACAUGGGCUGGACGAAAUACCAAGGGUUAAUGGCCCUUCUUAUGGUAUUUACGGGCAGCAUUAACAGCAUAACUACAAAAUGGGCGGACCGGAUAGAGUCAGAGGGUCGCGACGGCCAAGAAAAACACUUCGACCACCCGUUUUUUCAAGCCAGCGCCAUGUUUCUGGGUGAAAUAAUGUGUCUGGUAAUGUUCAAAGUCAUGUACAGGAUAUACAGCUUGAGAGCGGACGGGACCGAAGACGUCCACGAAUUGACCAAAGGCAACAGAAAUUUCAAUCGGUUCAUCCUAUUUAUUCCGGCCAUGUGUGAUAUGACUGCCACCUCCGUGAUGUACAUAGGGCUGAAUUUGACCUACCUUUCGAGUUUUCAAAUGUUUAGAGGGUCCGUCAUAAUUUUCGUGGGCCUUCUCAGCGUCGCGUUCUUGGACCGCACCCUCAAAAAAAGGGAAUGGUCGGGCAUAAUACUGAUCAUCAUUGGCUUGGUAGUGGUCGGGCUUGCCGAUUUCAUAUCAAAGGACAACAGUGACUCGUACCACAACAGCAACGACAUAAUAACGGGCGAUAUGCUCAUAGUAAUCGCGCAAAUAAUUCAAGCCGUUCAAAUGGUGGUGGAAGAGAAGUUUGUAUCUGGUUUGGACAUUCCCCCUCUCCAGGCGGUCGGUUGGGAAGGUCUGUUUGGGUUUACGACUCUUGCCUUGCUCCAGAUCCCGUUCUAUUUCAUCAGAGCAGGGCCCCCGGUAACUCAGAGCAUCGGCGAUAGGCUGGAGGAUCCCAUCGACGCGUUCGUUCAGAUCGGACACAGUUGGCGCCUCGCUUUUGCCAUCUGCGGUACUGUCGUCUCGAUAGCGUUCUUUAAUUUUGCCGGCAUAAGCGUUACUAAAGAGAUGUCGGCGACUACGCGGAUGGUGCUGGAUAGCGUGCGGACCAUCUUUGUGUGGGCGUUCAGUCUUGCCUUUUUCGAUCAAACCUUCCAUUGGCUGCACCUCCUCGGCUUCCUCUUCCUCAUCGCGGGCAUGUGUUUAUAUAACGGAAUCACCUUCGUUUCGACCUACAUGUAUUUACGGACCAUCGUGCCCCACAGUCGACAAUCGGAUGAGGAGAGUAUCGUGAACCGAAACGCCGACGAAGUAGACUCCUAACCUUAAGUGUUUAUGAUAUUUUUAUUGUUUUAUUUCGACUAAUAAAAUACUCA